AGAACGGAAGAACCCAUAACCGGAAACGUGGUUAGAAUUCUAUUAGCUAGUUAGCGACGAGCCCUCCUGGAACUCACUAAGUUAUUCAUUGUAAUUACAAGCUCUUCCAAUAUACAGUUUAUCAGAUUUGUUUUUAUAAUGCCAAUAAAACGUCAUUCACGUCACAUGGGUGAUAAAUUGGUAGCCCUAAUUGCUAAUUUGUCGUCUCCCGCGCCACCCACCGAAUGAAAUUAUUAGAAGCUCGCUGGCGCGUCGCUGGGUCAGAGCAAUAGAUCCCGGCUGGGUGUUCCCUGUUGUUUUGUAAACAUUAUUGGCGCGUGGACUAACCACAGAUAACGAGGCAUUGGUCUUUUCCUUCAAUUGACAUUUGUAUUUUUGUUUUAACGCAAUCGACUCGCCAAACAAUAAUGGAUUUUGAAACAUUAAACAAGCUGAAAUCGUCUGGAACUGUUGUUGGGCUUGGCAAUGAAACUGCUAGACCAGCCUGUAAAAAAUGCGGCUAUCCAGGACAUUUGACAUUUCAGUGUAGAAAUUUUCUUUCAACGAAUCCUGCUAGUGGUGUGGUUUUGGAUGUGAGCAGCACAAGUAGUGAAGAAGACGACAUGACCACACCGCUGACAAUGCUGAGAGCUGAAGAACUCAAGGCACUUCAAGAAAAGCUGAAAGAGAGAGAAAAAGAAAAGAAACUUAAAAGGAAAUCCAAGCACAAGAAAAAGGAGAAGAAAAAGAGAAGCAGAAAAGAUUCUACCUCAUCAUCUACUUCUAGUGAUUCAUCUGAUUCUUCAGACUCUUCAGACGAUGACAAGAAGAAGAAGAAGAAAAAAUCCAAGAAACACAGAAAAUCCAAGCACAAGAAAUCUAAAAAGGAAGAUUUGUAAUAUGUUGUGAAUUUUCAAUUAACAUAGGGAAAAGGGGAAUCAUGUACGGGUUCUGUAUCUCUUCUUCUUGUGUUGGAUUCAGUUGCCCAUUUCAGUUUUUUAUGACUCUUGAAGUGACAUCCCAGGGGAAAUCUAUGUAACACCCAUGUGCUCAACAAGCAUCAUCUACCACCAUCCCUGAACAUCUCGCCCCUUUGCAAGCACAUUAAAAAAGAAGAAAAAAAAGUAAUAAAAAAGAAAAAAAAGGAGAAUUCAUA